AUGGCAGACGCUGAAGACCAGUCGAGCGCGCUGCCGAGCUUUUCGGAGCUGACUGUGGAGGACUUCGUGUAUGUGGCUGUUAUCAAUGAGGCAAGCUACACGCCAGUAUUCCCCAUGGUGUACCGGAUUUGGCACUACGCCUGCCACUACGUGAUGUUCAUACAUCUCAUGGUCGUCCUUGGUUUGCUGGACAUCAUCACGUACCCUUUCCGGUGCUUGUGUGGCCUGCACAGCGGUAGGGGGCGUUUGCUACUACGCUUCCAAACUCGCUCCAAAGAGGUUCCAGAUCCCAGUGCCUGCAUGACGGACAUAGAUCUCGGACCAUCGAUCCAUGCCGGUCACCGAAUCCUUGAGGUGGUCCUGCCAGGCAAGAUCUCCGACCCGACCGAGAUCUCCGCCCUCCGCUCACUCCUGAAGACGAAGGAUGCCACCGGCUUCAAUCGACUUGCCAGACGGUGGACUCCGGCUUGGCAUGUAUGCCCUCAGAUCAUGGAGCAAGGAUACGGGCUGGAGAAUGUCAAGGCCGUCUUGGCGUCUAUGCAGCAGGCCUCAGACGUUCCUGUGGGCUCGACACAACAUCUCCCCGGGGGAAAGCAGGAGUGGGCCCAAGUUAUCCUCGAGUUUCACGGCCAUGAGAAUCGAUUCUUCUGCGAAUACCAAGCAAGUUCCUGGCUGUGGUACUGCGCCCUGCGGUACCCUUUCCUACCCCUGGGUAUAUUCUUUGUCUUCUUCUCCUUUCUCAGCAUUAUGGUUGACAUCGCGAUGGCCCCGCUGGCUAUCAUUUGGAACUACUCCAAGAAGGCG